AUGAAAGAAGAAAUUCUACUUUCAAACUCAACUUUUCACUCCACCACCAUUAAUUAUUAUGGAUAUCAACCUAGCAUACCCUUGGCAGCUAUUGCCCUUGCAUCUUAUGUCAUUUUUUCUUUAAUUAUCCUAUUUCAAAUCAUAUAUUUUAAAAGAUAUUUUUUCUUUGAAUUGGUAUUAGCUGGAUUUUCUUCAAUAUUUCAAACAAUUGCUACUUGUCAACUUGGAAAAAAUCCAACAUUACAUUCCGCAACUAAACUAUUACAAUUUGGUUUUAUUUUACAAUUAGUAAUAUUUAUUUUAUCCUUUUUCUAUUCUUGGGUAAUCUUCCACCCUUGUAGAUAUAACCCAACUUCAAUCGACAAAGAGCAUACAAAAGGAGAAGAUAUCGAAAUGAAUAAUAAUAAAGAAUAA